GAGUCCAUCCUGAAAGGCUGCUUUGCACCGUCAGGGAGGAUCGAGGGUUUCACAGCAGAGAUUGGAGCCAGCGGCUCCUAUUGCCCCCAGCAUGCCACCCUGCCCGUCGACGUCACCUACUUUGACAUCUCUGAACACAGCGCGCCCUCGCCUUUCCUGGGAGUGAUCGAUUUGGAGGCCUUGGGAAAGAAGGGUUACAGUGUCCCCAAAGCUGGAACCAUCCAAGUGACCUUAUUUAACCCCAACAAGACUGUGGUGAAGAUGUUCUUGGUGACAUACGACUUCCAGGACAUGCCGGCCAACCACAUGACCUUCCUGCGCCACCGCAUCUUCCUGGUGCCUGUGGGGGAAGAGGAGGGGGCUGCCACGGCCUCCAACAACCCACCAGGCACUGGCCCACUCCAAAGGGUCCUCUGCUAUCUGAUGCACCUGAGGUUUCAUAGCUCCAAGUCGGGGAAGAUCUAUCUUCAUGACAACAUCCGGCUGCUCUUCUCCCGCAAGUCAAUUGAGGUCGACUCGGGGAUCCCCUAUGAACUGAAAUCCUUCACGGAGAUGCCAAGGAACCCUUGCUAUUCACCCUGGGUCUGA